AGAAAAUGUAUGCUCAUGACCUCUACUUUUUUACCUGUUUCCUUUUGGUUACUGAAUUUGAAGUGGUCUGGUUUACAGGUCUCUUCAAUUCGUGCCAGCAAAUCAGAUGAUAAAAGGCUUUCCAUAUUCACAGGAACUAAAACUCUUCACUUGCGUUGUUUAUCUAGAGAGGACAGAGCUGCAUGGAUUGAGGCAUUGCUGGCUGCUAAAGAUCUUUUCCCCAGAGUUUUGUCAAGCAAUGAUUUAGUGCCUUCAGAAGAUAUAGUUGUUUCAACAGAGAAGUUACGAUUAAGAUUGGCACAUGAGGGAGUUGGUGAGCCAGUUAUCAAAGACUGCGAGUCAAUUAUGCUUUUAGAAGUCUCAGAGCUGCAAAACCAGUUGAAGGCUCUUCAGAGUAAACAUGUUAUGUUGUUAGACACAUUGAGACAAUUGGAGACAGAGAAAAUAGAGCUGGAAACUACAGUAGUGGACGAAACAAAGAAGCGUGAGUCAUACUGCAGUCAGGGCAAUAGGAGACAUAGUGAUUUUUAUUCCGUCAUGUCAGAGGGCAGUGGAACUGAUUCUGAUGCAGAAAAUGAAAGUCAAGAUGGAGGAGAUGUUGAAACAGAUGAAGAUGAAGGAACAUACUUUGAUACUUAUGAUAUUUUGUCUUCAUAUGCUUUAAGAAGUGCAUACUACCGGAGUAGAGAAGGUGCACUGAAGCAAAUGAAGAGGAAAUGA